AAUGUAUUGUUCUCGUCUAUAACGUCAGUUGAAUUGAAAACACGACGAAGAACAAAAUAACAAAUAUGGUUUCCAAAGUUUUAAUCGCUCUUUCUCUUGUUACCAUAGCAGCAGCAGUGCCAGCUGUAUCACCACCAUGGGGCGGCGCAUCUUCGGGAGGAGCUUGGCCCGGCGCUGGCGGCGUUAGCCCAUGGAUACCACCAUGGGUCGCCUCCGCACCAUGGUACCCGCAGUGGACACCAUGCACAACCGUCGGCUCAUCAUGCGUCGACUGUACCACUCGUCUGGUGUGCACGAAGAUAGGCGGCCUGCAGAGAGCUUGCACUGAUCCAUCGCUUCCUCACUGUAACCUUGGAGAGUGCUCGGCUACACCAUCUGACGAGUGCGCUGCGCCUGCAGUUCCCGCAAAUGCUGUCUAAUUAGGCAGUAUUAGUAGAAGUAGACCAGUUCAAAACUAUUAAUGCAUAAAUAAUACGCGCGAAACAUCACUUCAUCCACUGUAAGAUUUUUAACUUGAUUGUGUGGGGAGACUGUAGACCCACAUUCUGACGAAGGGCCCACUACCAAUGACAUGCCCAUUGAACUUAAAGGUGGCGGUUAAAAAACCUACCUAACUGAGAAUUACCAAGGAGGGUUGACGUCAGGCCGGCUGUCGAUAAUAAAAUCACUUAACUGGGAGAAGGGAAAGGAGAUGAUGAUGAUGAUGUGUGGGGAGAGUACUUAAUAAGAUCGCUACAGAAUCGUCGUCAGGUUGGAUUAAACACAGGAACUUUGCCAGAGUAACGAGCUCAAAGAUGGAAUGGGUUGAAACGUUCUACGAGCUUAGACACUAGGUACGCUAUAAGGAGGGUUGGAAAACAAUGCGAUUGUUGAACGGAGGCAAAGAUCAGUCCUGACGUCCCCAUGAAUGUUGAAAGGUUUCGUUUUUUUGUUGUUAAAACUCUGAUUGUAUUUUGGGAUGCAACGUUUAAUAUGGUUCUACGGUCUACCUCACUUAUUUGUCUCACUCAUUAUAGAACGCAGUUAUUGACACAAUGAAAAAUUAAGUAUGUAAAUAAUUAAUAAUAAUUUGUGAACAAAAUAAUACUGUAAUUAUCUCAUAUAGACUCAAAAGUAGUGUUUAGUCAUAUUACCUAACCCAAGUGUUCAUGUAAUAAAGAUAUGUUUAUAGACUUCUUAUUUAUUUUGUAACAUAAUUUUUAUACUUAAAGAAUAGAUAGCUAAAAAAAGUUAAUAAAUU